AUAGUGUCACUGUGUGACACUAUGAUUUACUGAUAAAAAAAAUCCAUUUGGUUGCGUUAAUUUAUUUCCGCCCUUAGUUGGCAUUUUUCUUUGCAUUUACUUGUAUUUUAUAUCUCUCGAUAUGUAUUAUAAGUGUUGUGUACCAGGUUGUACAAGUUCGCGACAGGACGCUAUUUUACACAAAUUUCCCCCCAAUGAGAAAAUGCUCAAGAAGUGGCUUGAAUUGAUUCCUUGUGAUUUGUUACAGAAGAAAAGUGUAGUGAUCUUGUCCACCUGCAAGUAUGUCACUUACAUUUUGAAUCUCGUUUUGUUACGGGAAAAAUCACAUAUUUUAAAGAUAGGUUAUACAACGCUGUUCCUGGAAUCUGAGAUUAGCACUGGCAUUCCACUAAACCGUUCGGAGGGCAUUCAAAAUGUGAAUGCUCUUGAUGACCAUCAGCAUGUGAUGAAAAGGCAUUAUGACCACACCUAUUUUAAAACAGAAGUGUUAGAAUCAUACCCACACAUGAUGCCAAUAAACACAGGUAAUUUGCUUAAAAAACCAUUAAUUUUUUAGUUGUUACUUUGCAACCAAUAACCAUUAGAAAGUAUUUUUAUUUUCUAUAAAUGACGGAUAUAAUGAACAUAAUAUAUUCUCGUCUAUACUUAAUUCUAUGAUUACAUCCAAAGUAAGGAUCCACUCCACGGACCUUCAAGCUGAAGGAAGUUUCCAAGAAAAAUGUUAGCAAUUAUUGUUAAAAUUAAAAUUACCUAUCUUUUAAUAAUAAUAAUAAUUAAUUAUUUUUAAAAAGGUGGGUAGGUUUUUGCAUUUAUGUAAUAUUGACACGUUAAGUGAAAAGUGGCAAGCAGCAUCUUCCUGGUAACGGCAAAAAUACAAUAAAAAACUGCGGUUGCCAACCCGCUCGCCAAGCGUGGCAACUAUGGCAAUAUACCCCCCAUGAUGAAAGUUACGAAGAGACGGCCCCCAGUCCCCGGCGGCCCCACUAUUCCUGGCUACGGUGGCGACCAUGGUAACGGCGGGGCAGGGGGUGCUAAGAAUCUCCGGUGGAGGUUCGGUUGCCACCUACGACGACUCGACCUGGCAACGUACAACGCACGCACUCUGAGGACUGACGAGAAGAUUGUGGAGCUGGAAGAAGAGAUAGACAAGUUACGCUGGCAUAUUAUAGGAUUAUCUGAAGUCCGAAGAGAGGGGGAGGACACGGUAAUCCUCGAAUCCGGCAACUUGCUCUAUUACCGGGAGGGCGACCAUCUGUUCCAAGGAGAUGUCGGAUUUAUCGUCCACAAGUCUCUCGUUAACAACGUUGUAAAGAUUGAGUGUGUCGACGAGGGUUGCGUACCUUAUACUCAGAAUCACCAAUCGGUAUUCGCUGAAGGUCAUACAGGUUUACACACCAACCUCGGCACACCCCGAUCAGGAGGUGGAGGAAAUGUAUGGGAAUAUCUCUAGAACCAUGCAUUCCUCCAAAACCCAAUAUACGGUGUUAAUGGGAGACUUCAAUGCAAAACUAGACACAAGAGAGAACGGUGAACUGAAAGUGGGGAAUUUGGAAUAGGGCAACGAAACCCAAGGGGCCAGCAGCUGACCGACUUCAUGGAGAAAGAGGGACUCUUUAUGAUGAACUCUUUCUUCCAGAAGCGGCCCCACAGGAAGUGGACCUGGUCGAGCCCCGACGGUUCCACAACAAAUGAGAUUGACUUCAUUAUGACGACCAGACGACAACUGUUCAGUGAUGUCUCAGUGAUCGCGAGGGUGAAAACCGGCAGCGAUCACCGAAUGGUUAGAGGCAUACUGAACCUAAACGUUAAGUUGGAGAGGUCUCGUCUAAUGAAGUCAACGCUCCGUCCCCCUCGUGCUCUAAUCCAAGGUCCCGAAACCUUUCAGCUCGAGUUACAAAACCGUUUUCAGUGCCUAGAAGACUGCAAUGAAGUGGACGAUUUGAAUGACAAGCUCGUGGAAACUGUCCAUGCGGUCGGAGCUAAGUUCUGCAAUACCCGCCGCAGAAUAACACAAAAACUCUCCCAUCACACUCUUAAUCUCAUGGCUGUUAGACGGGAGAUGAAGCUACAUUCUUCAACAGAUUUGACAGCAUACAGGCAACUGAACAGACAGAUCUCCAAAUGCAUGCGGCGGGACUUGCGCAACUUCAAUACAGCUCGUAUUGAAGAAGCGAUCGAGCGGAACCAAGGCUCCAAAGUCUUUGCCAGAGAUCUGUCUGCCAGAAAGAGCCAACUGUCAAAGCUGAAGACCGAAUGUGGCAACAUCGUUUCCGGAACACCUGAGAUUUUGAGUGAGAUUGAGAGGUUCUAUGGGCAGCUGUACACGUCAUCGUUGGAGCCGCACGCAAGUGUGAGUAACGAUCCAAGAGCGAGUCUUAUCCGACAUUAUUCCGAUAAUAUCCUGGACGUCAGUCUGAGCGAGAUUAGAAUGGCUCUCCAGCACCUUAAAAACGGCAAGUCCCCAGGCGAGGAUGGAAUUACAGUGGAGCUUUUGAAAGCGGGUGGAAAACCGGUACUUGAAGUCCUUCAGAAGCUCUUUAAUUCCGUCCUGCAUGGUGGCGUUACACCGGAGGCGUGGAGCAGGAGUUCAGUGGUCGUGCUCUUCAAGAAAGGCGACAACGCUCUCUUGAAGAACUACAGACCGAUUUCCCUUCUGAGCCGCAUCUACGUGCUGUUUUCGAGAGUUAUUACGAAUCGUCUCGCGUGCAGACUUGACGAUUUCCAGCCUCCCGAACAAGCCGGUUUCCGAAAAGGCUUUAGCACCAUAGACCACAUACAUACCCUUCGGCAAAUUGUACAGAAGGCCGAGGAGUACAAUUUGCCACUAUGUCUGGCGUAUGUGGACUAUGAGAAAGCCUUUGAUUCCGUCGAAAUUUGGGCGGUGUUGCAGUCACUUCAGCAAUGCCAAGUUGACUGUCGGUAUAUCGAAGUGUUGAAGUGCUUGUACAGUAGGGCUACGAUGGCUAUCCGAGUAUAGAACCAGAGUACGAAACCUAUCCAAUUGCAGAGAGAGGUGUAAGCCAGGGUGACGUCAUAUCCCCGAAACUCUUUACCGCUGCAUUGGAAGAUGUUUUCAAGCUUCUGGACUGGAAAGGAUACGGUAUCAACAUCAAUGGCGAGUACAUCACUCACCUUCGAUUUGCCGACGAUAUAGUCCUUAUGGCAGAAUCGCUGGAGGACCUAAGCACUAUGCUCAAUGACCUCAAUAGUGUUUCCCAACGGAUAGGUCUUAAGAUGAACAUGGACAUGUCCAUGUCACACCUAUGCCGGUAGUUGUUGGGAACACUAAGCUCGAAGUUGUUGACGAGUACGUUUACCUGGGACAAAUAGUCCGACUAGGUAAGUCCAACUUCGACCGAGAGGUCAAUCGACGGAUUCAACUCGGUUGGGCAGCGUUCGGGAAAUUACGGCACAUCUUCUCGUCAGGUAUACCUCAAAACUUGAAAACGAGACUGUACGCCCAGUGUGUGUUGCCAGUGAUGACAUACGGAACUGAGACGUGGUCCUUCACUGCUGGCCGGAUGAGGAAGCUCAAGUUCGCUCAGCGAGCUAUGGAGAGGGUUAUGCUCGGAGUUUCUCUGCGUGAUAAACUCAGAAAUGAGGAUAUCCGCAGUAGAACCAAACUGACCGACAUAGCCCAACGGAUUAGUAAGCUGAAGUGGCAAUGGGCCGGCCAUUUAGCUCGAAGAACCGACAACCGAUGGGGAAGAAAGGUUCUCGAGUGGCAGCCUCGUACCGGCAGACGAAGUGUAGGGCGUCCCCCCACUAGAUGGAGUGACGACCUGGUAAGAGAUAUGCAGGAAGUCGAUGGAUGCAGGUGGCUCAGGACCGUGCUUUGUGGCAUUCUUUGGGGGAGGCCUAUGUUCAGCAGUGGACUUGUGAAGGGCUGUAAUGAUAAUGAUGAAGUGAAAAGUCAUCAGUGGGUAUACCUAUAGUGCACUAGGUGGCAGUUGUACACUAUUUUAAACUUAUAGUAUUAAAAUUUUCACCACUUUUAUCUUAUUUGGUAGCCUUAGCAAAUGUAUUAUAAUUAAUAUUAAGUAGGUAGGAUGUCAUAUACAUCGGUUCAUAAUGACUUAUUUCAAAUCAACAUAUUUUUUAUAAAAUUUAAGUAAUCAAUGAGCUUACAGUUCACAUGGUGGUAAGUGGCUAAUGCAAUUUAUGAUCCAUUGCGUCGACCAUCAAAUAAAGUAGGCUACAGAUGUGUUGCAUUGAUCACUGGGGAGUCCUCCAUUUCAUCUUAGUCCCCAGUGGGGACUAAGAUGAAAUGGCCCUUCAAUACAGCAUGUAUUGCUAUUUGGCAGCAGAAAUAGGUUAGAGCAGUCUUAGACAGCAAAAGAAGUCCUACCACUUAGAUUUAAUAAACAUGAGUAUGAUAAUGACUUUUCUAAAUCUGUUUAGAAUGUUUAUAUAAUAAUAAAUAAAUUGGUCUUGUUUUUAUAAAAAAAGUUAAUAUAUAGUUAUUUUGGUUACUUCAUAAAACCCUCUUACUUCUAUUAAAUAUUGUAUUUUAUUGUUUAUAUUAAUAAUAAAUGUUAUUAAAUUAUGUAAAUAAAAAUAUAAUAGUUACCAUAAAAAGAUCAAUAAAUAUAUAAGACAGUUAUAGUAGUAAUCUGGGGGCAUGGCAGUGCCUCCGCCAAGUCGAGCAAAAAAGCGGCACGGCCGUACCAUUCUUUCCUCGAAGCAGUUCAGGCCAUUUUCGGAACCCUAUAACUUCGUUGUGAAUAUAACUAGAAACCUGAAUUUUAAGUAACCAAUUAGGAUUGUAUAAGCUCAGUAUAUUUCAAAUUUCAUUAAAUUUGAACCAGUAGUUUAAGAAUUGUCAAAGUUUCUUAAUUUUGUCACUCACUGACUGACGGAUCAUCAAAACUCUAAGGCACUUCUACGAGUAGCAGACGUAGAAGCUUCAAAUUUGGAAUACAAUUAUUGUGUAGUAUAUAAAUCAAGAAUAAAUUAAAAUAUUUUUCAAUUACAGUCCAGUUUUCGAGAUACAUUAACUGCAUAAAUAACUUGUAAUCCCAUAUAAAUAUAUAGGAUUACAAAGUUACAUUUGCAGUGAAUGAAUCAGUGUACCUAUAUAUGUAUAAUAUAAUGGAAUAAUAGGUGUAGAUAGAUUUUAUAUAUAUAUAUACAUAAUUAAUAUUGAUAUGGUCACUAUAAGAUGUUGUUAGGUUAGCUAACUACGUAAUAACUCAAGACAGAAGGACCCUUAAGUAGGGCCUGAAUAAAUUAACCGACUUCGUAUUACAUGGAUCUCUCAACUUUUUACGGUAGAACUGAAUUGCGAGACUUGGUUUUUUUUACAAGUUAUGUUUUUGAUCGUAUAUUUUUUUGAUUUCAGACAAUACAUACUCAUUUCUACAGGAAAAUAGUUUUGAUCAGCCGUUGUCAGCUGCCAAAGCUUAAUAACUACAUACAAUUUUUAAUUUUUAUGUAGUUACAUACUAUUUUUACCAAUAUGGAACAAAUCUUGAUUAUCAACAAAUGGAGCAAAAUGCUUUUAUUAAGGCUGUAAACGAUUGUGUUUCAGGUAAGGAUGCGGGGCACAGUACAUUCCAAGUCAAUAUGAAGCUAUGUAAUAUAAAAACUUAGGUGCUGUAGAGAUCUGUUUAGAUUAUAAUUUUUUAAUAUUGUAUAUGAUAAUUAAGUAAUUAAUUUGUUUUGUUUUUAUAUUGUAUAUAUUAAUAAAUUUGUAAACAAAAUUAUUGUAAAGUAAAAAUUAAUAACUAAUAAAAAAUAUUAAAUUUC